AUGGAAGAGGAGGGAGUAAAACUAGAGGAGGAAAGAUAUUUAGCUGGUGAAGAUAGAGAAGAGGUAUACAAUCCAGCCAAUGCUUUAUGUAAAGUGUUCCCUGGACGAAGAAACCAGAUCAACACAUUGUUGACAUUAAUGAGAAAACCCAGCAAUUAUGUAGUCCCAUUUAUUUUUAUCCAUGGACUUCCAUCAACUGGGAAGAGCUCUUUGAUUAAAUCUUUAUUGUCAUUAUUGAAAGUAAAACAUUGCUUCAUUUCUGUAAAAGAGUGUUAUUGCAGACAUGUUCUAUUUGAAAGUAUCUUGCACCAAUUAACCGGUGUUACACAAUCCGGCUACUCUCGCUGUGACUCGCUUAGUAGUUUUGUUAGGCAGCUGAAAUUAAUAUUAACUAGAUCUGUUGGUGACUUAGAUCGUGAAGCUAAUGAUACAGUAUAUAUAGUUAUUGAUGAUUCUGAAGAAUUAAGGAAAAUGGAUGAUACAAUAAUACCAGCUUUGAUUAGAAUACAGGAACUGACGCUUUCAAAUGUCUGUGUUAUUUUUAUAAGUUGUCUAGAAUGGAAGAGUUUUGUAUUCAAAACAAAGACACUGCUAACAAUAAAGACACCAUUUAAGCUGCAUUUUGCACAAUAUAGCAAAGAUGAUGUUAUUAGUAUUUUGUCUAAUGCAUGUGCAUGUAACUUAACAACUACAAAAUACUCAAUGCCUUUUUUAAAGAGGUAUGCAAGCAUUAUGUGGGAUUUUAUCAGCCCAAUCAGUCGAGAUCUCAAAGAUCUGUUAUAUAUUUCUAAUAUAUUUUUUCCUUUAUACUGUAAGCCAGUGGAACAAGGACAUGUUUCAGAGUCUGCUUCUUGGAAGCUGUGUAGUCACAUUGAACCACACUUUAAAGCUCACAUUAGUAAUUUAAUAUUGAGAGAUCAAUCAAGUGAGAUUUAUAUCAAUCAAAUGUGGACUCAUAAACAAGUUUCUUGUCAUACCUCAAUAGAGUUUCCUGUUUCAUUAAAGUACUUACUUAUAGCAUCCUAUCUUGGAUCGUAUAAUCCUUUGAUUUCAGACAGAAGGUUCUUUUCCAAGGUACAUGUACAUGUAUGUACAUUAACAUCAGAGCAUCAUUUAUUGUAUGUGCAUGUACAUUGAGAAUUGAAGUAUUUUCAAAAGU